CUGUCAAAGUCAGAUGUCCACCGACAGAGUACUGUCAGUAUUAUAAAAAAACGAAUAUGAAAUUAGCGAUAUACUAAUUAGAUUAUAAUAACAGGAAUUAUGUUCUAAUAAUUUUGAAAAGUGUAUCAAAUAGUCAAAUAUGUUCUCUCCGACGGGUCAACGAGUCUUACAUAAGUGCCUCAAAAUUUUGAGGUUAACUUUUGUUGAUUAUAGCAGUUUGCCCGAUUUGAAUAAGUUAAAUAUUGUCAGAACUGUGGAAAAGACAAUAGAUAACAAAGCUUCUGAGAUCUUUGUGGAAAGCCCCAUUCAUGUGAAAGUGCAGCCAAUUGACGUCAACGACAUAAAAGCCCACGACAAGCUGACUAUGAUAUUGUAUAGUAAAGGCAAAGAUACAGGUGAUUUUCAAGUAAAACAAUCUUCUAAGCGCCUUGAGCUGCUAAAUAAAAAUAAGUCUUCAGACAGAGAUGACGUCUGCCUGAUACAUGUUCCAUAUCAAUUAAAAGUUCAUGUUACUACCACUGACAAUGCUUCAGUGCAUCUGGCCAAAUUAGAAGGAGAGGAGUUUGUGGUGAAGACUCAGAAAGGAACAGUAAAUGUCGCGGAUCUAAAGGCACAGAAUAUUAGAGUGGAGAGUGUGCAGGGUCAGAUCAAGACAGAAGGCAGACUGGUAGCAAGCAAUAUAGAAUUGAAAACAGGCAAGGAUGCAGUAAUUGAUUGCAACAAUGUUAUGGCAAAUUCUUUCUCCGUCACGUCUCACGCCGGCUCCAUCAGCGUCAAGUCCUGUUACAGUGACAAGUCCCACUUCACAACUGCUAUGGGUAAUAUAUCAUUGGACCAUCUCCAUAGGGCCGUGACCAUAGAUGUGAUACAGCAAGGAAAUCUGCGCAUCACAGGUUUCUCGGGUAACCUGCAAGCUUCCUUAAAGAGUGGAGAAGUAUUUAUGCAUGCUUCCCAGUUGAUAGACAAAAGCAGUAUUUUCAUACAUGAAAAGGGAAAAGUUGAGUUACUAAUUCAUGACAUUCUUAAGAAUUUGCCAGCCACAAAUCUAAUAGCAGAUAGAAUAACAGUAGAUGAGAAAAUAAUGAAGCUGGGACGGUUCAUGGAUGACUCCCACCCAAAGCGGUUCAGGUUUGAGGGAGAGCCACAUAAUGAAUUGCACAUAGUCUGUAAGAAUGGCUCAAUUGAUUUGAAGGAAACUAACUUACCAUUUAUUUUAUAAUUGUAAUUUAAUAGUAAAUUU